AAUCACUCAUUCAAUCAUUGAUCCUUCAUUAGAAUGCCAAAGUGUCUGUCAUUGGCGGCGGGUGUGACUGUGUGCCUAGGAUGUUGCCGGCGACGACGACGAGGCUACAAGAGGCUUCGGCGGCCGUUGAAUUCUUCCUUACGGACGUCGAGAUCGCGCUUUCGUGUUCAAAGUUCCAAGCGUCGCCCCCUUCAGGAACGUGAUUGCCAAAGGAGCCUUGAAACGUCUCAUCCGAAACAUAACGGUAUCCAAGGGACGGGUAAGCCGAGCUUCCAUGCAUAUCGCCAUCCCCAUAUCCCAGGAACGGAAUAGAUUGAUCUCCCGGCGGAAAAAAAGACGAUUCCAUUGCUUCCAUGGGUUACAAUGUGGCGCCCCCUUUGACGUCGAAUGGCGGAAUUGGCGGCAGUCAUCAGGGGCUCCGUCUGUCGCAGAUGAACAAGCAAACACCAGCCCACAUACCGUGAGGAAGUCCAAGAGAAGUGCGUGCAAGCGUGCAAUCUACACCAUUAUGGCGAGACACCCCAGACAUCUCUUCCCGGUUGAGACGACUGGCUGCAGCUUAGCUUCAUUGGGGGAUUGGCUCCUCAAGGCAAGCAGACUGUGUUUGACACUGCAACGGUCCGAAAAUGGCACCAGUCACUCCCAUCUGAUCGUAUCCCAGGGUACCCAACACCCAUUUGCACUGCUUGUCAUGAGCCAGGGCCCUAAUAUGUUCGGACAGUUUGUGGGGAGAUCAUCGAACGUCGAGGCUCGUCUCCCUUCAAUACCGGCAGCAGGACGUCCCUUUGGACUCGGUAUCAAAGAUCGGCGACCGGAGACAUUGGACCACCCUCUCACCCCACGAAAUAACGGUUUGGUUUAAACGAUGGCUUGAUAUGAGCCUCCGGAGAAGGCUUAGUCGAUUCCGAGCUGAAAAGUCUCUCGGAUGGUUGCGCAUGUGUAUAUCAUGUUCUCCUCUGGCCCUCCCUUCGAGGCCUCUACUCCUCAAGUUGUUUGCUGAUCUUACGUCCGUAAGGGAAGUUAAGCAGAAACAGCCACCAUGCCCAGAACGAAAGAUGGAAAGAUCACAAAACCAACGGGCGAGUCUCAAGUCCGGCGAAGGGGACGGCCGGCGAUCGACUGGACGCCAUCACGAAAGAGGAAACUUCUCCGGCUGUAUCUCUGUACUCCCGAGUCGGGCCUGUCGUUGAAGGAGAUCCUUGACCUUCUUGCCGAAGGGCCAUUCCAACCAAAACCUCGACAUACACAAUGUCUGCUUAACGAGCUUCUGUCAAAGUCCUACCGUCAGAGGAGGCCCAAAAGCCGAACGUUGAUGGAAAGGCGACUGGCCUAUCUGAGGUCCAUGAGGGAUGAUCGUCCGGUUUCGGAGCCACCAAAGGGAGACGAGACUGACUGUGCCAUUCUUCUGGCCAAGAAUCCGUCCAGAUGGCGGCAGCAGUCCCUUGGUACCAGCUGUCCGACGAAGCGUUUGGGGCGAGAGAUGACCCAGCUCAGCAUAUCGCGCCAUUUGGGGUUGGAGAAGGCGAGUGCAAGCGACCUGAGCUCAAUACCACCAGGUUCCUCCACAGCAACAAGCUUCGACUCGCCAGAAGCCGACAUGUCUGCCCUUGAGGUACCAGCAUCGACAGGAAGGAUCUUCAAGCACAACUCCAAGAGCAUCAAGGAGAGGCGAUGCAGUCGGGUGGAAAGUUUGAGGGUGAAGCUUCCGGGACGCACUUCGUCAUUCUUGGCCGACGUCGUUAGUCUCUUGAGCGGACUUUCCAUAUGCUCGAGUAGUAACGCCUCUUCUUGUGCCUCUCCCCAUUGGAACCAGCGAUCGUUCUUAUCUAGGUCGAACUCAUCCGCCACGCUAUAUGAAGGACGAGGGAAGAAGAAGUCUACAGUUCCAGAGGGCAAAGCCUUGUCUCCUGAAGACCCGAUAGACUAUAGCGACAAGUAUGCGCAAAACGCCGACAGCCGUGCAAACCAAGAGCUUCUCAAACACUGUUGCAGCAAAAAGGCAUGGUGCAUCCACAAGCGCAUCAGUGCGGUGUGUUUUGGCAACCGAUCGGCCGAUACCUUUGUCUGCGCCGCCGAGGAAGUGAACGACCAGGACGGGUUGGGAAACACCGCACUUCAUGUUGCCGCCCGAUGGAUAGCUCCUGGGCCUGUCCUCUUCCGGAUCAUGGCGAUGUCGACAACCGUGACCCUCAAUACACCGAACCACCUUAAUGAGCUCUUCUUUCACGUGCUCAACCCUAGAUCACUUGACAUCAACGAACUCGCUCACUUCACGAGAUAUCUCGUUGGCCGCGAGUUCAAUUUCUGUCAACUGGACUCUUCCGGCAUGACAUUCAUCGAGCGCCUUACGGCUCGUCUCGACUUCACUAUUGAGGCCCUCGAAACCAUCUUCUCCUACCUCCCCGAAGCCACUCGCCUCUUUCUCCUCAGGCACCCCUCCAGCCCCAGCCUCAGCCCUCAUCAUACCCCUCAACCGCCUCUAAUCCAAGCUAUCCGAGCUCGUCUAAACGUUAUCGAAGGCAACAGCCUCAUCCCCGACCCCUCCCAACUCGAAGCUGCCUCAGCCUACUGUGACUACUUUUUCGCCCGUUACGGCACAGCCUACCGUACCGUCUGGAUCAGACCCCCUUCCCUCUUCGCCCACGUCCCCGUCAACCCCCAGGGCCGCAACAACCUCCACCAAAUUGUCGCCUCCCUCAACGUCGGGCGCAACCUGUGUCCGCCCACCACCGAAAACCUCUGCUAUUACACCCCUCCCUCCGCCACUCCCCCACCCCCGUCCUUCGGCGACACCAGCUUCCUCGACCUUGACGUCGACGUCAUCGAACCCAGCGCCACCAUGGCAGUCAACCAGCACCAAAGAUCCCCUACACUCACCAAUACAGCUACCACCACCAGCCUCUCCUUUCCCCAAGUCCUCGCCCUCGCCCUCGCGGGCGACGUCCCCGAAGACCCCAACAACCGCGACCUCCCCCACUUCCGCACUCCCCUCAUGACCCUCCUCCGUGGUUUCGCCUGGGGCAACCACCACCACCCCCACUAUCCGUCACAACCAUCCGACAUGCUAAGGGAAUGCCUCCACCUCCUGCUUGCGCACGGCGCGCGGCCGGAGCUAGUCGACAUCGACGGCAACAACGCUUUGCACCACGCGGCCGAACUGGGAUUGCUGAGUGCCGUGGUGGUGCUGUGCACUCAUGAUCGGGACUUGCAGAGGACAAUGAAUCGCACGGGACAGACGCCGUUGGAUUUGGCGAUUCAGAGGAUGAGUGUAAAGGGAUAUAUGCCGAUGACGGAGGCGAUGAGGAGGGUGGGGAGGCAUGCGGAGGUGGUGCUGUACUUGGAGACGGGGGUUGUGAUGGGGGAUGAGUGAGUGUCGUGGAUUGAGUUGUAUGAGAAUAUCUCUGUUUUUUUCGGCCUGUUUAUUUUCCCUUAGACUGGCUUCGGUUCGCGUGUGUAAAGCUUUUUUUUUUUUUUUUUUACGUUGACGUGAUAGAUGCUAGACCUUAGACUUUCCGGCGUCCCUUGUUUACAUAGAUUUUCC